AUGGGCUCCCCCGGCCGGCCGCUGGGCUGUGGGCUAUGGACGGAACACCGGGGACAUGUCCUUCAGUUUGUUGAAGCCACACCGCCACACACAAGUCUCCCAGCAUGCAGUGAUAGUAUCUCUCCACUCAGCAGGAUGUUCACAGGCUCCACCAAGCUGCCGCCGGCUAAAACCCCCCAGCCCGAGCGGCUGGAUGAAGUGUACGCCGCCUUACGCAGAGGCUUACAGUCGUAUCUGCAGGUCCACCAGCUGGAGCUGGACAGCCUGGGUCAGCAGAUCCGAGAAAACAAGAAGAACAGUCGUCUGGGGUCUUUGUAUGAGUUGGAUAAGCAAGUCAAAGCCAUUGAGAGGUUCAUGCGUCGAUUAGAGUUCCAUCUCAGUAAGGUGGAGGAACUGUAUGAUGCGUACUGCAUACAGCGGCGACUGCGGGACGGAGCAAGUAAGAUGGUAGCAGCAUUUAACUCUGCCACCGGCAGCAAGGAGGCCCGAGAAAGCCUGAGUGAAGCCAACAAGGGUUACAGGGAAUGUACAGAGCACAUGUGUUCUCUAGAGAACGAGCUGGAGAGCCAUAUGGGAGAAUUUCAUGUCAAGAUGAAGGGCCUAGCCGGAUUUGCGCGUCUGUGCGCUGGUGACCAGUAUGAAGUCCUGAUGCGCUAUGGGCGGCAACGCUGGAGGCUCCGGGGCCGCGUGGAAGUCAGCAACAAGCAGAUGUGGGACAGCGACGAGUACAUUUUCCUGCCUCUCGUCACUGAGCUUCUAUCAAUCAAGGUUACGGAGCUUAAGAGCCUGGCCAAUCACGUGGUGGUGGGCAGCGUGUCCUGCGAAAUGCUGGACCUGUUCUGCCCGCUCCCCCAGACGCUCGCCGUGGACAUCAACGACCUGGGGACGGUGAAACUGAACCUGGAAGUCACCUGGAGUCCAUUUGAUAAGGAUGACCAGACAUCAUCGUGCAGUACCGUUUCCAAGCGGCUGCUGUCCAAUCAGAGCCCUCCAGACACGCCGUCCAUGCGAGAGCAGGUGUUCUAUUCCCUACUGAAGCGCCAGGGAGAGAUGGAGAACGGAACUGUGUGGUCCAACUCCUCCGAAUCCUCUGACGACUCCUCCAGCCCGGCGCUGGCCCACCACACUCAGAGGCUGACAGCCUCCAACAUGCUGCAAACCACUCUGACCACUCAGCUGUCGCUCGCACCGCACAAGUCCAGCGCUUCCACGCCCUCGCUGUCGUCCAACCAGGAGGAGGACGAAACCGAGGGCGGGGAGGUUUUCCCUCCGACGGACGCGGUGCCCAACGGCCACCUGCAGACUUCCUGCUCUCAGAGCGCGGCGAGGAGCUCGGACUGUGCUGCGGCCGACAGGGUCUCGGUCCAGUCGGAGGAGCUGGGCUCUGAGACCUCAGCAGAAAUCUGCUGCUCCUGCCCCGAGGACUCCUCUGCAGCCCAGAGCGCUGAGCUUUCAGCCUCAGAGGCAAACGGUGAUCCACCAGAGGAGGCAUUGAAAGAGGCAGAAAAAGAGGAGGGCCCCGGUGAAGCUGCAGAAAGACACGCGGUGGAGCAAAGUGAGCCCCUUCAUUCCGUCCAGGACCUAAAGCGACAGGAGGACACUCCAGCGGCUCCUUUUCCCGCCUCGGCCAGCUUCACUCAGGAGGUGGAGACUGCCCUCGAGAGCUUCGACUUUCUCAACUACUCCGAUAUUGAUGAAGGUGACGAAGAGCAGCAUGAAAAGGAGGAAAAAGAGGAAAAAGAAGAGCCGGAGGGCAAAUGUGAAGAGGACCAAAAUAAAACAGAGGAGGAGGAGAGAAUGGAGGAAGAAGAAAAGAAACCGGAGCACUUCUGUGAUGAAGAGGAGGCAGAUGGUCUGGAGAUCCUGAUGGAAGCUCCAGAAGGAUUCAGGAACUCGGAUGAAGAUCGUUUCUCUGAAUCACAGGACUCAAACGUGGAUGAUCUGCUGGAUUUGGGUCAGGUGGACAUUCCUGAGGAGAAAGAAGAGCACUGCAAGGAAAAGGGAGACGAAGAGGACGGAGAGGAAACCGAACAGCAAGAGCGUCCAUCCACUCCCAGCCAGCUGGGCAAUGCUGUCCUCCAAUGA